AUGGUAGAAACUUUGGAACAGAGCCUGGACACCAGCAAGAUCAAGUCAUGGCGCUCCAUCGUCACCCUCAUCGUCUUCGUCAUAACCAAUCUUGUCGUCAUUUUUCCAUUUCAUGUUCCAUGUUUUAUCCCUCGAGUAGUUUCGAACGCAGUUCUGGAUACUCUGAGUCGCUUGCGCAUAAUAUCACCCCGGCAAGAUCGCUCCAACGAUGACAGGACCGGGAAAACACCAUUUUUUGUGCGACUAAACUUCCCUUUGAAUUUUGUCACAGCUCCCUUGAUAGCUGAUCUGUUUCUACUUGCUCUCUUGGCAAUUGGUAGAAAGGAAGUCCACGAUGGAACCAUUGGGGCCGACAACAUCUCUCCUUACGAUAUUAUGCUUUUUUUCAUAUCCCUGGCUUACAUCGCCAUAUCCAUUGACGCCUCCGGUCUGAUUAGAUACCUGGCAUUCAAGGUGCUUCAGUGGGGCGGUGAUGCCGGCCACAGACUCUACUUCUACCUCUAUGCUUUCUUUUUUGGACUCGCCAGCUUCAUUGGAAACGACCCCAUCAUCCUGUCUGGCACCGCCUUCCUGGCCUAUAUGACGCGCGUGUCCAGCAACAUCAUCCACCCAAGCGCCUGGAUUCACACCCAGUUUGCCGUUGCCAACAUUGGUUCCGCCAUCCUCGUCUCCUCUAAUCCGACCAACCUCGUCCUCGCUGGUGCUUUCAACAUCAAGUUCAUCAACUACACGGCCAACAUCAUCAUACCUGUGAUAUCCACUGCUGUUGUUCUCUUCCCGUUUUUACUCUACAUUGUCUUCAACGACGAAGAUCUCGUUCCGUCCUCCAUCAAGAUGCACGAGCUGCCGGACGAGCUCAAAGCCAAGAAGCCCGUCAACCCCAACAUCCCUCACGCCCGGGGAAAUGCCGAGGAAGAAGAGAAUCUCGCCAACGACGAGGAUGAAAAAUUGCUUUCGCUGGAAGAGAUCAUGAAUCCAUUCCUGGACAAAGGAGGCGCCGCGUUUGGAGGCGUCAUCAUGGCUGCCACCCUCAUCACCCUACUAGCAAUCAACGCUUCGAGCGAGAAGACCGGUCACAAAGCCGCAUUCUGGGUGACACUACCCGCUGCUUUUGUUAUGUUUGUGUGGGAUAUUGGCUUCGGAUGGUAUCAUCGACGCGAGACACGUGACAUUGCUCACAAAGGUCGACAAGAGGUUGAACUCGCGCGCGCCGAACGUGCUAUUCGGGAAGAGGAGGAAAUUACGCGGUUAGCUCAUGAGAAAGAGCAAGCUGCCGCUCUAGAGCAAGAGAAAGCUGGCUUGACUCAGACGUACUCGCCGGAACCCCUCGAGAAGCAGAGCGGCAAUGGUGAUGAGAGCGACAUCUCUAUAUGUCCGCCCCAAGAGCCAUCGGGGAUGACUCCUAGCAUGGAUAUGGACAAAAAGAAGCGGGAGGACGACCUCCAGGCGCGGAUCUCACGUGAAUUAGCGCUCCGGCAAACUCGUGGCCGGUCGACCCUAGUCUCACUCAUCGGGGACGCCUACCGGUGGUCGCAAGAGACAUUCCCUACCCCAACGACCGUGCUCGCGCAUCUGCCACUUGCUCUCAUCCCCUUUGCUUUCUCCAUGUUCGUCCUCGUACAAGCACUGGUCACCAAAGGCUGGGUCCAAGUCUUCGCCUACGGCUGGGACCACUGGGUCAACAAAACUGGUACUGUCGGCGCAAUCGGUGGCAUGGGCUUCCUUUCCGUGAUCCUCUGUAACUUUGCAGGUACGAACAUCGGCACCACCAUCCUCCUUUCCCGCGUCAUCCAGGCCUGGCAAAACAUCCACAAAUUCAACGGCAUCCCGAUCACUGACCGCAUGUUCUGGGCGACCGUCUACAGCAUGGCGCUCGGCGUCAACUACGGGGCUUUCAGCGCGGCGUUUAGUGCGUCGCUUGCUGGGUUGCUCUGGCGGGACAUCCUAGCCCGCAAGCAUAUUCGUGUGCACAGUCUACACUUUGCGCGCGUCAACCUGCCUAUCAUUGCUAUUGCGAUGACAGUGGGGUGUGCAGUGCUUGUGGGGCAGGUGUAUAUAAUCAGGGAUAGCGAGCCUUACGAUGCGUCAUGA